AUGGCCACAUGCACUGUGAGAGCUAUGGCAUUUCUGAUGAGAAGAAGUAUUCCUAGAGAUGUACUUAUUCAGAGAGCUAUAGUGAGGACGUUAGGAGAAGAGAGGUAUUUCAAACUGCAGGCUGUAAAGCUUCAAAAUCAGACGAUAGAGGAGCAACCCGGUAGGCAGCGAAGCUCAGAUAAAUAUAAUUUUAUAGCAGAUACUGUAGAGAAGGUAUCUCCCUGUAUCUGCUCAGUAGAUAUACAAACAGUUGCUAAGCAGGAUGAAUUAGAUUUUUUUUCCAGGGAUUCCCCGGGUUUUAUUGUUAAUGGUGGACAGUACGUACUAUUUAUAGUCCCAUGGGCUGCUCAUGGCCUUGCUGUAUGCUCCGAUCAAUCUGUAACUGUAAGACUUCAUAAUGAUCGGACACUAACUGGUACAGUUACUGCUACUGAUCGAGCUGCUGAUCUGGCACUUGUAAAAUUACACUUACCUAAAGGAUCCAAGCCACUACCAUCACUAGAGUUUGCUUCUCGUUUAAGACCAGGAGAAUGGGUAAUAGCCUUUGGAUUACCUUUUGCACAAAUUGCUUUUAGUCCAGGUAUAGUUAUGGAUGUACGUGCUCAUAUUAUAGAUCAGGAAUAUGUACUAACAAAUGCUGCGAUACCCACAUACUUUCAUGGUAGUGUAUUUGUCAAUUUGGAUGGAGAGGUCAUAGGUGUCAACGUAAUGGAAGAUCAUAGUUGUGAAUAUACUCUUGGUAUGUCUUUUGCCAUACCUAGUGACUUUGCAAAGAAGUUUCUUAAAAGAGCAAUGAAAGAGACAAGCAGCAGUAGUAAGAGGAAAAGAAAGGGAUUUAUAAUGAUUCACACCUGAGCCAUUCUAAUUAAAACUGAUAGGACUUGGACAAUCAC